UGACAUUUUUAGAUUUGCUAAACGUAAAACUUGACAUUAAAGCUUGAAUUUAGUAAAGCGAAAUUAAGAUACUUUUAAUAGUAUCAUUUCAAUUUUAACCAUGGAUCAUGAUGAAAUUGAACUAGAAGAGGGAGAGGUCUCUAAUGACUCUGACAAUAACUACACACCCCUUGAACGACCCUCAAAUUACUCGGCCAAUCAACCCCAACCGAGGUUACCAAUUGACCAGCCUUCAGAAACUGAGGAAGAAUUACAAUCUAGUGACAGUGAUAGUGAUUCUGACCCAAACGUUAAGCGAAUUAAGAAACCUAAAAUAAAAUUAAAACCGAAACCACCUCCACAAAAUCCAAAACGGAAAAAAUAUGAUAUUUGGAGUUCUAGGGAACAAGAUGAAGUACUAGCUGCAACACUAAACUGCUGUGAUGUAACAACAAAAGAUAGAUCUCGUAACAUAGAAUAUUAUGAUUAUACAUUAAGUCGUAGAUUUUACGAUGAUGACUCAAAGCAAAAUAAAAGUAACAAAAGAACAAGGGAUGACAGAAAAAAUAUAUACUUUAGGCAACGGAAACGAUCAAAUGGUGAAGAAAAGUUGAAGGGUACUAAAAGAAUAAUUUUAGACUUGGCUGUUGACUUAAAUAGCAGUGCUGACGAAAUGGCAAAAGAUAUGGCUAAUAAACUGUGUGAGGAGAAGGAAGAUUUAAUUUUGAAAGUAAUAAAUGUUAUGGGGAAACAAAAAGCAAUUGAUUUAUUUAAUGAAACAAAAAGAAUUGAGGGAGAAGGAGGAAUGCUUAUAAUGAAUCAAACGAGAAGACGAACACCAGGUGGAGUUUUUCUAUAUUUAGUAAGGCAUGAUUAUCAUAUAACCCUGGACCAAAAACAAAAAAUUUUUGAUGAUGAAAGGCAAAGAAAUAAACAAAAUGCUAAGAUUAAACAAAAAGAAAAGAAUACGAAAUUAAAAUGCCAGAUUGCUGCAUCGAAAGCCAAAUUAUUACCCGAUUUAUUAACAAGAGCGGAACUACUGGCGUGCCAAAAUCCAACAAGAAAAGUUAAAGACGAAACAGAAGAGACAGAUUUUAUCAAUCCUCCUCCUACGCCUGAAACAGAUGGACAUGAAAAUAGUGGGGACGGUAUGGACAGUGUACCACAACCUGUUCUAAAUGGAAGUGAUUGCCUUGGAACAUCACGAGAAACGGUUAAUACUUAUGAAGAAGAUUUUUUGGAUAUCAGUUGCUCUAAUGAUAUGGAUUUAUUUUAAGGAACAUUUUAUAAUCAGUAAUAACAAUGUAAUUGUAAUGUGUCUAUAUAGGUAUUUAAAUAAAAUUUAUUAAGUUA